GCUUCUCCAAAGAAAAUCGCACCCAAGAAGAAACCUGCUGCAAAGAAGACAGCUGAUCACCCUAAAUAUGUGGACAUGAUCAAGGCUGCUAUCGCUACCCUAAAGGAACGCGGUGGUUCAUCUCGCCAAGCUAUUACAAAAUAUAUUCAUGCAAAUUACAAAGUUGCUGAAAACUCAGAUCAUCAUCUGAAAAUGGCUCUUAAACGAGGAGUAACAUCAGGCGAUUUGAUUCAAACUAAAGGCACUGGUGCUUCUGGAUCAUUCAAGCUAGGUCAGGUAAAAGAAGAAAAACCUAAGAAAAAGGCCGCAGCAAAAAAGCCAACGGCAAAGAAGCCUACUGCAAAGAAAAGUACACCAAAAAAGAAGCCAGCAAAGAAGAGCACGCCAAAGAAAGCAGCAAAGAAGCCUGCCACAAAGAAAGCCUCGGCUAAGAAACCAGCAGCUAAGAAACCCACAAAGAAGCCUGUUGCUAAAAAACCUGCAGCAAAGAAGGUCAAAAGUAUUAUUAACUUCGGUUAA